CCGGGAGGGUGGUGUUAAAUAUUUCAUAUGUGGGUUUCCUUUUUUUUCCCACCUUCUUUUUUCUUUAUUCUUUCCUUUUUGUUUUUGUUUGUUUGCUCUUGCAGUAGUGUUGGAGAGGAAAAUACCUCUGUAUUUUGUGAGGCUGUGGUGCUUCCUUUGGAAAAAGCACACCUGUUUUGUUUUUGUUAAAAGUUUCUAGUGUGUGGUUCGAGUUCUUUCGUUUGCUAUUGCUUCAUCUCAAACUCAACAAGCUCCGCGCAGCUUCUACCUUUCAGACUUUCCUUUUGGUGAUAAACUGGAAGGUUUUGGUGUGGUAAAGUGAUCACUGAGGUUUAGGGCAAAUAAAAGGUUUUGGUGGUUUCUGUGGUUAAGAUGUGUUUUUGAUUCGAAAAUGGCUGUGGUGGAAGUCAAAGAAUGUGUUGAAGGUCUAAGAUUUCUUCCUUUUCUUUGGCUUGGGUUUGUGUUUCUUGGGCUUCACCCUAGUAGAGGUGGAGACUAAUGGAAGGUUCAUCUGAAUCUGGCUGGCAGAGGUCAGAUAGCUCUAGGGGUUUAAAUUCUUCUUCGGUUUUGGAGGGGAAUCUUCGACUUGUUCGUGCCAACACUAUCAGGUCCUCAGGAGAUACGUCGUCUGAGUUUGGGUUUAGACCAGGAAGAAAAGUGAGGGAGAGAAUUGUGCUACCUCAUAUAACUAACCAGUUUAAAACCUAUACUGGGGGCUUCGAGGAGGGAGUAGCUCUGGACCCAGUUGUUCGUGCCAUAGAAUGUAAUGAUAUCAGUCUGAGACAGUGGUUGGACAACCCAGAAAGAACUGUUGAUGCUCUUGAAUGCUUACACAUAUUUACUCAAAUUGUAGAUAUAGUUAACCUGGCUCAUUCUCAGGGAAUAAUCCUCCAUAAUGUGCGGCCCUCAUGCUUUGUCAUGUCCUCACUUAACCGUGUGUCUUUCAUUGAAUCUGCUUCUUGCUCGGAUUCGGGUUCAGAUUCGUUUGAGGAAGGAACAAACAGCCAGACGGCUGAGUUUAAAGGUGCGUCUUCGCCUUUGCCUUCAGACUUGCCCCAACGAGGAAGUCAGCUAGCUACUGAAAGCUUGCAACUUGAGAUGAAUCCCCUAAAUGCAUCUCGAAUAGUAUCUGAAACAAGUUGCAUUAGGUCAAGCGCCGGACAGGCUGAGGUUGCACCAAAUGAUGACCAGACGGAAGAAAGGAAGCAUUCCUUCCCAAUGAAACAUAUAUUGUUGAUGGAAACCAAUUGGUACAGUAGUCCAGAAGAAGUUUCUGGUGGCCCCAGUUCCAGUGCUUCAGACAUUUAUCGACUGGGGGUUCUUCUCUUUGAGUUGUUCUGCACAUUUAGCUCGGUGGAAGAGAAAGGCGCAACUAUGUCUAGUCUGAGACAUCGUGUUCUCCCUCCUCAGUUGCUUUUGAAGUGGCCUAAAGAAGCAUCAUUUUGCCUAUGGUUGCUGCAUCCUGAGCCAAGUAGUCGGCCAAAAAUGGGGGCGUUGUUGCAAAGCGAAUUUCUAAAUGAACCAAGAGACAACAUUGAGGAGCGUGAGGCAGCAAUAGAACUUCGAGAAAAAAUAGAUGAACAAGAGCUGUUGCUGGAAUUUUUGUUACUAUUAAAGCAAAGGAAACAGGAUGCAGCAGAUCACUUGCAUGAAAUGGUGUCCUUUUUGACUUCUGAUAUAGAAGAAGUCACAAAAUUGCAAACUGCCCUUAGGAUAAAAGGAGGCAUAAGCAUAGACCUGGCGAAGGAUUCAGCUUCAGGGCCCCCUUCAUCCAAUACAGUAGAUGAGGGUGAUUCUGGUAGCUCAGGGUCGAGAAAACGAUGCAGGCCUGGGCUUUAUACCCAUAAUGCGGAGGAACUUGAUGAUCCUGUUCCAGAAAACCAAGCAACUAUUCUUUCUAAAAGUUCCCGACUCAUGAAAAACUUUAGAAAAUUGGAGUCAGCUUACUUUUUAACUAGGCGGCGGGCUCUCAAACCAUCUGGAAAAGUAUAUGCCAGAAGUUCUCCAAUUAGUAGCGAUGCAAGAGGAUCAGUUGUAGUGACUGAAAGAAGUUCUCUCAGUAAGUUGUCAUCAAAAGAACAAUAUAAUGAGGAUAGACAAAGUGGAUGGAUAAAUUCAUUUCUUGAGGGUCUGUGCAAGUAUUUGUCAUUUAGCAAGUUAAAGGUGAAGGCAGACUUGAAGCAGGGAGAUCUUUUAAAUUCUUCCAACCUUGUAUGCUCCCUGAGUUUUGAUCGUGAUGGAGAGUUUUUUGCAACUGCUGGUGUGAAUAAGAAGAUCAAAGUCUUUGAAUAUAAUUCGAUUCUAAACAAAGACCGUGAUAUCCAUUAUCCUGUUGUUGAAAUGGCUAGCAGAUCAAAGCUAAGCAGUAUAUGUUGGAAUGGGUAUAUUAAGAGCCAGAUUGCUUCCAGUAACUUUGAAGGUGUGGUUCAGGUAUGGGACGUUACAAGAAGUCAAAUCUUUAUGGAAAUGAGCGAGCAUGAGAGCCGUGUCUGGUCCGUUGACUACUCAGUAGCUGAUCCAACAUUGCUGGCUAGCGGGAGUGAUGAUGGUUCUGUUAAGCUCUGGAAUAUCAAUCAGGGAGUAAGCAUCGGUACCAUUAAGACAAAGGCAAAUGUCUGUUGUGUUCAGUUUCCAUUUGAAUCCAGUCGUCGCCUUGCAUUUGGAUCAGCAGACCAUAAGAUAUACUAUUAUGAUCUACGCAAUUCUAAGAUGCCUCUCUGCACGUUGAUUGGACACAACAAGACUGUGAGCUAUGUUAAGUUCAUAGAUUCGACAACACUUGUGUCUGCAUCUACAGAUAACACAUUGAAGCUCUGGGACUUGUCAAUGUGCACAGCUCGGGUUCUUGAUUGUCCCCUUCAGUCAUUCACUGGGCACUUGAAUGUGAAGAACUUUGUUGGCCUAUCUGUAUCUGAUGGUUACAUUGCAACGGGAUCAGAGACAAAUGAGGUUUUUGUAUACCACAAAGCUCUUCCCAUGCCUGCGUUGUCAUAUAAAUUUAACAUCACGGAUCCGCUUUCGGGUGAUGAAGUGGACGACAGUGCACAGUUUAUCUCCUCUGUGUGUUGGCGUGGUCAGUCAUCCUCCACCUUAGUUGCUGCUAACUCCACGGGAAAUAUCAAGUUGUUGGAGAUGGUUUGAGCUAAGUCUUAAGAAUUAAUUCCAAAAAAAAAAAAAGAGAGAGAAAAUGGAAUACAGCAUCAGCGGAAACACAGAUUAAAAGAGUAGCUUAUACCCAAGGAGCAUUUUAUCGAGGCCUGCUUCACUGAAGGUUGAAGUCACUAGGAACAUCAACAGCAGCCUGCAAAACAAAUUUUUGCCUUUUAGUAGAAUAGCGGAUGGUUAACCGGAGCACUGAGAUUCGUCAUUGUUCAAGUGUACUGUAGAUAAGAAAUAGAAAGAGGAGCCCGAAAGGAAGAUAAAACGCUGAUUUUUCUAUGUAUAUUCUUGUAAUUUUUAGAAUUGCAAUCAUUGAUAUAGAAUAUACUAUAUAUGUAUUAUGAUAUUGACUCAA